CCUAACCCUUCCCUAUCUCGAGCACCCGUGGCACCUCGAGACAGUGUAACCGCUCGGAAGACCACAAAUCAGUCACUGAAGCUGCUACAAGAGGAAACGCUCUCCAAGAAUUACCAAGAAGCAAAAUCUUCUUCAACGGAUGGCCCGUUCGGAACACUUGCUUGAGAUUCAUAAGAUUCAGCAAAAUACCGGCCAGCAGCCUCUGCCCUCUCCAGCCAGCGACGUUCAACUUCUGAAGAGUACACACACACCACCUACUCCCCUACCAUCCAAGGCCCGGAAGCGGAAACGAGAGAGUGAACACCAACUCAAACCAUCCUCCUCGAAAAGACCGCGAACAUCUUGUGUUACGCCCCCGGUUCAGAGCGUUGAUUUUGUUACAUGUUGGACUCAGACAUACCACUGGCCGCGAGAAUACUUCAACGAAAGAGGCGAAAUGAACCAUUUAUUACCGAGAGAGGAAUCCACCGCUUCGCUUUGUCGAAAACGAUCGGAUAGCGAGUCGAAUACGCCCGCUUCAACAAUACCAAGUGACCAGAAGCCUAGGGAAGAGAAGAGUGCUCCGUAUCAAGAACCAUGCUACAGGUCGCUUCUUGAGGCCACAGGGAGCCUUAUGGGCAAAUACGUCGGCCGGAAUGAAGAAAGUCCCACAGCAGAAAUAGCAAGAAAGAUUAUAAGUCUUUGCUCGAAGCCGAGCAGGCAGUUGACGAGUAUUCCUUAUUUCAGGACGAUUUCUUCGAAAACACCUGCGAGAUGAUCCAGGACAGAAAAGAAGCAAAGAUCCUUCAGGACAUUGGAAGACUCAUUGUGCCUUAUGCGCAAUUCAUUAGUUGUUCGAGGGGCAAAGCAUCUAAGGUUUCUCAUUGAAAGCGUGAAUGACGGUUGGAAUGAUGCCAUUCCUAUCACCAAGCCACGACCUCAACCAGAUUAUUUUGUAGGCUUUCAAACGCCCGGCAUCUACGGAGGACCAACUGAAGAAACUUCAGCCGUUUGUAGGCGAACUUACUCACACCUUCUUCAUGGGGACAUGGUUCAUGUACUUCCCCUUCUUCUCGGGCGAAGUGAAGUGCGGGUGCGGCCGCCCUCGAUGGUGGCCGAUCGACAAAAUGCACACAAUAUGACUCUCGCUGUUCGAGGAGUCGUGACACUGUUCCGGCCUGGGAAGCGUGAGAAAGAGCUGCAUCGGGAGAUUCUUGCUUUUUCUGUCUCGCACGACAACCGAUCCGUCAGGAUUUAUGGCCAUUAUCCUGUGUUUGAGGGCAAAAGGAGCACGUUCUACCGUCACUCCAUCCAUGAAGAGGAACCAGUCUCCAACAACACGCAUAUACUCUUUCGCCACCUAUCGCAUUGUCAGCUCAAACUUUCACCAUCUAGCAUACGAGUCAACCUAUUCUCCAGGCGGCCUUAUGGUCAUGCGCACAACGAAAGCCUUUCGCGAUGGUUGACACAACUAGCUCCACGAUCGCCUUGCCACUACCCGUUCGUCUAGUGCGACUCUGAUGAUGUGGGACUUCCGCCCGAUGGACUCUGGGACAAUGACGCAGCGUACGGGCAGAGAUUCUGUUACGACCACGGGGAUACGAGUAUUUAUUGGGAACUAUGAAUCGGUGGAUGCGCUUGAGUGAUUUUGACUUACCGACCAAGAGAUCUCCAAUUAGUGAUGUGAGAAAGCUGCCAUAGGACUUCUGUAGGUUAUGAUCAAUGCCGAGAUUUUUUGACGGGUAACAA